UAAACUUAAAUUAAGGCGGUAAAAAUCAGCAAUGAUAAGAUGAUAAUAAAAUGUUAUCAAUAUUUAGACCAAUCACAGCGAGAACAUAAGAUGCAUAAAACAAAAAAAUUAAAAUAUCCCUUGACUUGUUGUGCAACACCGUCCACCACAAGUCAUUUUAGUACAAGACAAGUGCUUAUCACUCAGUGAAAUCAAGUUUUAUCGAAAAUCGAAAUAAUAUAAUAUAAUAUUAGGUAUUUAAGUAAUUUUAAGUAAUUUACAAGUGUAUUCAAUAUUCAUCUUAAAUAAUAUUUUUCCUAACUACUAGGCAUAAUGCAACUCAGUAUUUUCACUUUAAAUAUAUGAGACAAAUAUAUUUUAGGGGUUUGAAACUUACAUCCAAAGAUCGUAAUGCUCGAGUAAGGGCAUUAGCUGACAGUUUAACAAACAAUGGAUAUGAUGUUGUAUGCUUACAGGAACUAUGGUGUGAAGAUGAUUACAAACAUCUAAAAGCAUCUUGUAACAAUGUAUUUAAAUACAUACAUUAUUUCCACAGUGGCAUGUUAGGAUCAGGAAUGUGCAUCAUGUCACGUUAUCCAAUAAUUGAUCACCUUUACCAUUCAUUUAUUUUAAAUGGUUAUUUACAUAUGUUUUGGCACGGAGAUUGGUUUGGUGGAAAAGGCAUUGGCCUGUGCCGUAUCAAUGUCAAAGGCUUUAUUGUAGAUGUAUACACUACACAUUUACAUGCUUGUUAUAAUGCAUCAAACGAUAAAUACACAAAUCACAGAAUAAUACAGGCUUUUGAAACUGCAAAUUUCAUUCGUGUUACAUCGUCUGGUUCUGAUUUAGCAGUCUUAGCUGGUGACCUUAAUUCUAAUCCAAAUGACAUUUGUUAUAAGUUAAUAUGUUUGGGUGCAAACAUGAUCGACUCUUAUUCAGCGUGUUUAAACAAUAGUAUUGAGUAUACUUACAGUCAUCCUGAAAAUUCAUACAAAGAUGCUAAUGAAAUAAAUGAUCGUAUUGAUUAUAUAUUGUACAAAUUUAAUGAAAAGAAUUUAGUUGUUGUAAAGGAACAUAGACAUUCAUUACCACAUCGCGUUCCUGGACAAAAUUUUAGUUACUCAGAUCAUGAACCAAUCGAAGCGGUAUUUGAAAUAUCAACAAAUACAUUAAGUUUUGAAAGAAAUAUUAAAAAGAAUUCCGGUUUAAUAUUUGAAAAUGAAUUUUUAAGUGUUUUAAAUAUUUCUUUGAACAUCUGCAAUGAAAAAUCUAUAAUAAACCCACUAAUAUCAUGGAAUUUUAUAAUAUGUGUAUUAAUAUGUAUAAUACUGAGUAUAUAUUUGCAACUUGUCUCAUAUACUAAUACCAUUGUUAUUAUUACUUUACUUAUUUUUUUUAUCAUGUAUAUUUAUAACUUAGUUAUAAAAUGGACAGAAAAAAAUUGUGUUCGCGGAUUUUGUAAUCAUAUUGAAACAUUAUUUUCUAAUCAAUAAGACAAAUUUUUGCUUUCAUAAGAUACUGAGUGUAACAGAUAGAACUGACAGAUGUAAUUAACUAACUAUGUAAUAUAUUUUAUUCCAAUCAAUUCUCUUAAAAUUAAAUUAUGAUUAUUUGUUAAUUACCUACAUUUAAAAAAACGAAUGUUAAUAUUUAUAAGAACAAAAGAACAAAGUAUGUUAUUACAUAAUUAAUUACACAAUCAGUUAUUUCUGUUACAUCCUGUUUACUUAUAAUUUUUCUUUUUUUUAAAUGCUUCAAGCAAAAUUUUAGGAUUAUUAACAUUUAACAUUACCUAUAAAGUCAUAGGAGACCUAAAUACCUCCUAAAUACUCAGAAAUGUAUUUAAUCAAUGAUAUCUUAAAUCUAAAUCAUUAUCAUUCCUUAGCUCUUAAUUUACAUUGGUUAUUUAUUUAUUAGUUAGUUAACUCAAUAUAAUGUUUUUCAAGACAAAAUGUCAGUUUAAUUUAAAUAUUAAAUUGUAUUACAAUAAAUAUGUAGGUAGUUUCUAUAAUUAAUAAAGCUAGAUUUAAAUAAAAGUUAUUUACUUUUAUUCAAAAAUGAAUAUAGUAGGUAUAUUUAUUUAUUUCUUAAUUUUUUUUUUUAUUAAUUAACACGCUGCAACUCAGGCCAUUGGGUGGUUUUUAACUGUGGGGGAGGGUACUGUAAGGUAUAAACAUGUAUGUGUUGUUUUGGCAGAUUUUCAAGUGGAUACCUGUAGGUAUCUGCCAUGCCCAAAUAGGGGAUGGCAGCACUUGUUUUCCGGACACCGUGACUUGCCUGAAGAAAAAUGCCGCCCGCAGCCAAGGUAUCAAACCGGUGCUGGUGUGCAUCGCAACCAACGCCUUAGUCCGUCGGCCACUCCAUCCACCUAUAUUUAUUCUAUUAUAGUUAAUAUUGAUUGUAUGAUUAGUAAUUUAUAAUUUUUCAUCUAUUUUGCUAGUAUUGAAUAAUACCAUUAUACUUAUUUAUACCAAUUACUAAUACAUGUGCAUCAACAAAGUAUUACCUAAUGUUCAAUAUUUUUUAAUGUUAAUUGUUUGCUCUUAUUAACAUUAAGUUCAUGUUUUAGUAGAUUAAUAAAUAUAUUUUAAAAUAGAAUUAUCAUAUUAUAGUUAUCAA